AACCCGUUACGUAAAUUUUGACGUACGCCAGUGUGUCAAAUGGUGAACGUCAAAGUGGGUUCUUUUCGGUGAAUUUCCCUUGAAAAUUUUUCCCGUGAAAAGUCCAACGUUUGGAAUUCAACAGACAGAAUGUUAUCGGCGUGUAAACAAACACUCUCGACGAGUUUUCAAAGAGUCGGUGUGAGGUGUUUGGGUUCGGUUGUACCCGAAGUCAAAAUCAGUGAUUUUGGAGUGAAAAAUGAGCCCGUUUUGCCAUACUUGAAGGGUUCAAAAGAGCGAAAAGAGUUGGAGGAGGCGUUGAAAAAAACAGCGGCGACGACUGAAGAAGUACCGAUUGUGAUCGGUGACAAGGAAUUCAAAACUGACGAUGUCAGAUAUCAGGUUUGCCCCCACAAUCAUAAGAAAAAACUGGCGAAAUUCUACUACGCCAAUAAGGAUCUCCUGAACAAGGCCAUCGACACGGCUGUGGAAACUCAGAGAAAAUGGGACCGUACCCCAAUUCCAGAUCGUUUAAAAAUUUGGGAGAAGGCUGCGUCUCUCAUGGCCAACGAGUAUCGUCAAACAUUGAAUGCUGCGACGAUGCUCGGGCAAGCCAAGACUGUUAUUCAAGCCGAGAUUGAUUCGGCCGCCGAACUCAUCGAUUUUUUCCGUCUCAAUGCCUACUUUCUCAAAGAAGCGACAAAAUAUCAACCGAUUUCGGAAAAUCCCAAAGUGACCAAAAAUUCGAUGCGUUAUCGUGGAAUUGAUGGUUUUAUUGCUGCUGUUUCGCCGUUUAAUUUUACAGCGAUUGGUGGGAAUUUAGCUUACACGCCUGCUUUGAUGGGUAAUGCUAUUUUGUGGAAACCGAGCGAUACGGCCCUGUUAUCGAAUUGGGUCAUUUUCAAGAUUUGCAGGGAAGCGGGGGUUCCCCCAGGUGUUGUGAAUUUUGUGCCUGCUGAUGGGCCUGUCUUUGGGGAUACGAUCACAGCGUCUAAGUAUCUAGCCGGGAUUAAUUUCACCGGAAGUGUUCCUACUUUCACCCGUCUUUGGACCCAAGUCGGGCAAAACAUCAACAAAUACAUUAAUUUCCCUCGUCUAAUCGGCGAAUGUGGCGGUAAAAACUAUCAUUUCGUUCAUCCCACUGCCGAUGUGACUUCGGUUGUCAACGCCACUAUUCGUAGCGCUUUCGAAUUUUGCGGUCAAAAAUGUAGCGCUUGUUCACGCAUGUACGUUCCCGAAUCGCUUUGGCCGAAGAUCAAAGAAGGCUUAUUAGCCGAACGCGCCAAAUUGAAAAUCGGCGAUCCGACCGAUUACGAAAGUUUCACUUCGGCUGUCAUCGACGAUAAAGCCUUCAAACGAAUCAAAGGAUACAUUGACCAUGCGAGGAAUUCCCCCAAUUUGGAGAUCAUAGGAGGGGGGAAGUGUGAUGACAGUACUGGAUAUUUCAUUGAACCUACGAUCGUAGUGAGCAAAGAUCCCAAAGAUAAGAUAAUGGUUGAGGAGAUUUUCGGGCCUGUUUUGACCAUCUACGUCUACAAAGACAGUCAAUUACAGGAAACUGUAGAUUUGGUGGGCACCUCGACUCAGUUUGCUUUGACUGGAGCUGUUUUCGCACAAGACGAGAAUUGGUUGAAGAAAGCAAUUGAAGAUUUGAAAAUGACAGCUGGAAACUUUUAUGUCAAUGAUAAGUCAACAGGAAGUGUUGUUGGACAACAACCGUUCGGUGGGGCCCGAUUAUCAGGAACCAAUGAUAAGGCUGGUGGGCCGCACUAUGUGCUCCGAUGGGGAAAUCCUCAAGCCGUCAAAGAGACAUUCGUCCCGCUUACUGAGAUUUCGUAUCCAUAUAUGAACCAAUAAUUUUUGUUUUUAUCAAAAAUUUUAUAUUGUUGGAAUCUGAUUUUUUUGUUUCGUUUUUAUCGAUUAGGUGUCAAUUUUUUUGGGCGUUGGUUUUUGAAAAAAACAACGUUUAGGAAAACAAAAUGUGUUAGAAGUUGUAUAAGAAAACUCGACAAUAUUAAUGUAAUUAUUGUAACUGUUAUGAACAAAAAAUGUAAUAAAUGUGUAUUAUAAUUCA